CAAUUACUCUGUGCUUUGUACCAGACAAAAUUAAUAAAUGUUUCAUUUUAGAUGGAUCAUCCAAGUAACCUGAGGCCUAUAAACAUUUUAGGUAAGUGGAUUUUAUGUCUUACUGCUUCUCUUGUACACUAUGGGCAGUUUUAUGUUGCUUGACCUGCAUCUCAGUUUUCUGUUAUUUGUUAUGAUCGUCAAAGGUGUUGUUUAAUUUUUGUCCUUUAUAUUUAUUUAUUUAUCCAUUUGUUCACAAUGUUCUGAUGUUUUUACAGUGCGGUUAGCUGGGGAUCAAUCCAAAUUGUAUACUGCCCGGUCACUGGCGGCGUUAUAAGGGGUUCCGCAAGGGCACUCUAACCCCCCUGGGUGCCAGAACAGAUAAUUAUUUUCUGGUUUAUCCUCUGGAUCUUUCUUUCAACAUUUCCUCCUUAAGGAUCGAAUGAAUGAAUAUUUCUCAGCGUUUUCUGAAGAAUUUUGGGGGUUUGUAAAAAAAAUUAAGAAAUCCCACAGACCUAUUAAGAAAAACAUCCUAGCUACGCCAGUGUGCCUGUUGUCCAAAAUUAGCUAGGUGAGGGUGAAGUUCACCUGCAACACAUAAUGAAAACAAAAGGCUGUUUGAAUUUUUGUUAUUGUUGAAAAAUCAUUUUUAGUUUUGUUACAUAGUAUUCUGUGCUGUCUGUUUUGUGACGGCUGGUAUCCCUUACUGCGUGACUUUGUGUCACAGUUAAUCAGGAUGAGCUCGUGUCACAGAUCAGCCAUUGCACCUAUAGUGGCUUUCUCUUUCUUCUGCUUUCUUUUUCUCCUCCUCACUGUUUUCACAACCACACAUGUGCGUGUGACUUCCUUUCGUCUUCUACUUAUACGAUAGAACAUCCUAACAUGAACUAUGUCCUCCAUAUUAUCCAGAUGUUGAGUUAAGAUUGAGGCCAGUGAUGGUGCCAUCUUCCCGUUCUCGCAGCUUAUCCCCUGCUGAGCACAUAAUGGGAUCUCCAUCCUGCAACCUUAUACUCCUCUUUCUCCUGCAAAGCACUGGAAUCUUUCCAAGAUCGGAUGACGUCCUCGUCACACUUUACUCAUCCUCAAUCUGUUUUCGAGGCCCAGAUUGGGCCUUAACCUUCAAGUGGUGCUCCUUAAUCCAGUUAGCGUCGAGCAGUCGCUGUGGAAAAUCCCCAGAGAGCUGCGUCGCACUGUGGAUCUCGCAAACACCAGGGACAUGCUAGGCCACCUGUAGACCCUCAGGAUGUUCAACUGGGUGGUGAAAGUGGUCCCUCAUCCCCCUGGACCUCCUCAAACGGAUGCAGAUAUCAAGACUCCUGCUGGGAUUAAACAGGAACUCCCCAAAAACAGAGAUGUCAAGAGUCCUCCACUGAAGGGUACAGGUGAUGCUUCAGAAGACAGUCAGUCCCAGGCCGGAGUCUUAGGUUGGCUGUCCAAUAGCUUUGCAAGCACCCUGCCUCAGCCUGCCGGAUCACCUCACCUCGACAACAAGUCUAUUGGGGAUGGAGAAAGGUCGGGAGUGAUGGGAUGGGUCACUCAAAGUCUGACAAAGGUGCUGCCACAGCCUGACGACAAGUAUAGAGAAGACAAAAAUGGCAACGAAGAGGAGCACACAGAGGUGUGCGAAGUUGCAACAAUGCCAGAUUAUGACCCGCUCCCACACAUCCCUGUCGUGGAAAUGUUAUCAGAAGAAGAGGCAGAGGAGAAUGAGGAGGUCUUCCCCCCAAACGUGAUGACGUGGAUCAAGCAGAAGAUCCCUCAGCCAAUUCUAAUCCCCGCUAGUUCCGUGCCCAUUGAGCCGAAAGCCAAAAAGACUCCUCGCUCAUCUUUGGACAAAAUUCUUUCUCCACCACCUGAAUCUCUAAGUGGAAUCAUACUGGACACUGAUAACAAGGCCUCAGGGAUGGUUGGCUGGUUUGUGUCAGGGCUUGGCUUGAAGCUCCCUCAGCCUGUUCUUCCACCCCAAAAUGACGCCGAGGCCACAGCAGAUGUUCUGAAGAAAGCCUCUACCAAACUCAAUCCUGACAUGGUGUUAGAAGACGUGGAUUCAGACAGCGAGGGCCACAUGACCUCAACCCACACACAGCAGAGCAUAGCACAGAGGAGUUCCACCAUGCACCAAAACAGGUGUGCUGAGUCAAAGCAAGCAUCCCACCCGGCUUUGGCUCCAAUUCGUCAGGAGGAUGCUGAGACCCAGACAGGCCGCUGGACACCGUUCAUUGAAAGCAUCAGGCGGGAGGCUGAGGAUGUGGCCUUGGCCACCAUGGAGGAACGUUUGCAGCAGGAGCGCAUAGAGAUGACCAUCAUGGCCGCAGAAGUGGCGAGACAGACGGCCGAGAUGGCCGUAAGACAGCUGGCCAGCGAGGGUCAGUCCAUCAAACUAUCACUGGGGAGCCAAGAGAUGCUGGAGGAACCCGACGCAGAACUGCAAGUUUUAGAGGAAGAGACACCAGUGACUGAGCAAAUCAUUGUAAAAGAGGAGCUUCUUGCUGUUGAAGAGCAGGAAGAAAGCAACGCUGAGGAGGAAACCGGCAUUGAAGAAGGAGAGCCGGAAAAGGAGCCACGAGGGAUAUCCCCGUCUCCCCCUCCGAGACCUGAACCAGUGAAGGUUUCUGAACCGGAGUGUGUUCAACAAGCAGUGGUCCAGAGCCGAGAAGAAGUUCCACAGGCUGAGCCUGUGACCCAGCAGCCACAGAAAGCUGACAAAGACAUUCAAGGCACCAAGACUGAUGAAAAAGAGGAUGCCACUGACGAUGAUUGUGGGGCGCCAGUAAGCUGUGAUGCAUUUAAGAGCUGCCUGAUGCGCAUCCCCCACACUUCCGAGUGCCUGGGCAAUAUCAACGCCUUCUUCAAAGAGAACGGCAUCUCCCGUGCCAAGAUCCCCCCCAUGCCUAAACUACCCGCCCAGCUGUCCGACAUCACCAAGCAUUUACCCUCUCUGCCGCCCGAGCUGCGCCAAGAGCUCUCUCAGAUCCGACUCACGCAGGUUCCUCGUGACGUUGCCCGCAGUCUGAGCGAGCUCUUGCCCGCAGCCUCCACCGCCACCUCCUCGGUCGGCGCCGGUCUGACGGCGGCCUACCAGAGCUUGGCAAACAUUCCUCAGAAGCUCUCCCAGUUUCCCAGCAGAACGCGGGAGUACCUCGGCAACAUCCGGAGCCGCUUCAACAGCCUUAUUCCUCAAGAUGCUAAGAAACGACAACAACAGCAAAAACAAAAGCAGGACUUGGAACUCAACGCUUUUGCUGGACAAGUCCCUCUCCCUCCUUCGCACCAUCAACUCCGCUCCCGUUCCCCAUCUCCGUCCUCGCCCAAUGGCAGCGCCCUUGACUUGCCAAAUGUCCCCGCCUACCCCCGCCUGCCGCCGAUUGUCAGCUCCCCGUCCAAGCAGCUCGACUCGCUGCCCCGCCAGCUUUCGGGUCUCUCUAACCCGGCCUUCUUCAUUGAAGAUGACUCACACAUUUCGCCAAUAAGACGCACAGAUAGUUCUCGACUCAGCCUCCGUCCAGCAGUCAAUAUCGAGGAUGUCGACUCGCACUGCGAGAGCGCCGCAGAGGGGAAAGCGGAGCAACUCCUCACCCCGCAGGAUCCGAGACUAACAACCCUGACUGUCCCCGUCACCCCAGCAGGAGGGCGACCAAGCAAAGGAGAUAAAGAUGGAGGAAAUCGUAGGACUGUCCGCACAAAAAUUAGGAAGCUGAAAUCUCAAAGUGAAGAUGAUGAGGAGGAAGCAGGCAUCCCAAUCAGAGCCUGGGCCAGCCAGUCCAGCAUCCACAGCUCCGAUGACCCCUUGCGAGAACGUCCGUCAUCGUCUGCCAGUCAGACCAGCACAGUGGUCAAUGAGCGUCUUCAGGAGCUGGUCCGCAUGUUUAAAGAGAGGACAGAGAAGGCGAAAGAGAAACUCAUAGACCCUGACAGCUCUGACGAAGACAGCAUCAUCCCCUCUCCUCAAAAGGCCCAAGCGCUGCACCCCGCUCCCAAUACGCAACGUGUGGACAAGGAAGUUUCUGAGGAGCCCCCUGGUCCUUCAGGAGGAAGAGCCGACAGUGAGCCAGAGGAGAAGUCCGAGCGGCAGGUGAAAUCCCCUCGACGGACACGAGCCUUUGUGCGCUUCCGCUUCCCCGCCAGCAUCGACCCUUUCACCAAUUUAAUGUAUGUCCUGUGGAUGUUCUUGGUAUCUCUGGCGUGGAACUGGAAUGUGUGGUUUAUCCCAGUGCGUUGGGCUUUCCCCUACCAGACACCAAGCAAUAUUUAUUACUGGCUGCUGACUGAUUACCUUUGUGACCUUAUUUACAUCCUGGACAUCACCGUCUUCCAGCCACGUCUGCAGUUUAUCCGAGGAGGGGACAUAAUUUGCAACACAAAAGAAAUGAGAAAGAAUUACAUGAAAUCCAAACGUUUUAAGUUUGAUGUGGCUAGUCUUGUUCCGCUGGAGCUCUUCUAUUUCAAAACUGGCAUCAACCCUCUCCUGCGCCUGCCCCGGUUACUCAAGCUCAACUCAUUCUUUGAAUUCAAUGAGCGUUUAGAGGCUAUCUUGACCAAAGCCUACAUCUACAGGGUGAUCCGGACCACCACGUAUCUCCUCUACUGUCUCCACUGCAACGCCUGCCUCUACUACUGGGGCUCUGCCUUCAAAGGACUGGGUUCCACUAAGUGGGUGUAUGACGGCAAAGGCAACAGUUACAUUCGCUGUUACUAUUUUGCGGUGAAGACCCUCAUCACUAUCGGGGGGUUGCCAGAUCCCACUACCCUAUUUGAGAUCGUCUUUCAGCUCAUCAACUACUUUGUGGGAGUCUUUGUCUUUUCUAUCAUGAUUGGGCAGAUGCGAGACGUCGUUGGGGCAGCCACAGCUAGUCAGACAAAUUACCGUACCUGUAUGGACAACACCAUUAAAUACAUGUCUUCGUAUCGCAUCCCCAAGGAUGUCCAGAACAGAGUCAAAACCUGGUACAACUACACUUGGCAGUCACAAGGCAUGCUGGACGAGCAGGAGCUGCUGACUCAGUUGCCAGAUAAGAUGCGUCUGGACAUCGCCAUUGAUGUCAAUUACUCCAUCAUCAGCAAAGUCCCUCUCUUUCAGGGUUGUGAUCAACAGAUGAUCUUUGACAUGUUAAAGAGCCUGCGCUCAGUUGUUUACCUGCCAGGGGAUUAUGUCUGCAAAAAGGGAGAGGUCGGUCGGGAGAUGUACAUCAUCAAAGCAGGCGAAGUGCAGGUGGUUGGUGGACCGGAUGGGAAGACAGUUUUUGUCACUCUUGGUGCUGGCUCCGUCUUUGGCGAGAUUAGUUUACUCGCAGUGGGCGGGGUCAACAGGCGCACGGCUAACGUGAUCGCUCACGGCUUUGCCAAUCUUUUCAUCCUGGACAAGAAAGACCUGAACGAGAUUUUGGUCCACUAUCCUGAAUCCAAGAAACUGCUGCGUAAGAAAACCAGGAAGAUGCUCACCAAGGAGAAGAAACCUGAUCCCAAAGAGCAAGCCAAGGAGCCUGCCAAGGUCCAGGUCACUCCUGUAAGGCCAGAGACUCCCAAGCUGCUAAGAGCGGCCUUAGAGAUGACUGAGAAAUCCACUGGACUCAAAGGAGCCAUGGCUCAAGUUAAAGACAAGACCAACAAGUCUAGCGUCUCGCUGCAGGCAUCCAUCUCGUCCACGCUUCCAUCCCCCGUCUCCACGCCCUCAGCCACUCCCGCCAGCUCCACCACGUUUCUCUCCACGUUUGCCUGCUUCAACGACAACUCGGAUAUGUCGCUCUCUCUCACGGAGGACGUGCUGCCAGUGGAUCACAGACAGGAGUGUGAGCGAGAGGAGGAAGAGGAGGAGGGUGGGAUAAAGGUGUGAUGGUAAUAAGAACUGUUGGUCAAGUCAACAAACAAAUGUCAUGCUGGUGCACACAAAGGUCAACUUUGAGGGCUUAUGACUGACAGUAGAGGGCAUGCUGGAGGGGGAAAGAUAAAGGACAAAAAUGAUGUCAUAUCCUCUUUACAAUGCAGUUUAUUCAGAUAAUUCUAUCUUGUGUUGGCAGAUGAAUCCCAAUACAUACAAACUGCUUUGAGUCCACUUCACUGAGCUGCAUCGUUAUUUAGCCAGUACAUGAGCAACAACCAAUGUCUUCUUUUUUCCAAUAUGGUAUUUGUUUUUGCUGUUGUUGAAAAGUAAAUGUUUACAUUUUUUUUUGUUAAUUCAAGUUUGCCUUACUUUGAUUUUGUGUUGAUGUCAAUAGCUUGCACUGCUAGAGUUUUAUUUUCUUAGGUGACAGACAAAAACAAGUAUGCAUGUAUAUGAACAUAACUUUCACCAUAUAAAAUGAGGCUUUGAGAUACUAUUCAUUUUUUGAUUGGUAAAAUAAUGUGUGUAUGAUUGUUUUUGGAAGGAUGUCCAAUGUUAAUGUUUAAAUGGAUAUGUCAUAUAAUGUGAAAACUAAUUGUAUAGAUGCUUUAAUUAAUACAGUGAAAGACCAGUUUAAAAAGCAGAUUUCAAUCAUUGUAAAUUAUUACUCAUCGGAGUGUCUGCUUAUCAUCAUCAUUGUCGUCAUCAUCAUCAUUAUAUCAUUCACAUCACAUGGAUGUAUAUCAUGUAUGAUUAUGAUUGUCUUACCUUCUAAUUAAACAUAUUCAGCUUUUAUUGUCACUCUG